AUGAUUAGAGCGGGCGAUGUCGAUUGGAGCAUCACACAUCAACACGACUCUCACAAGCAGCUGCGUGACAUCUGCCAUGACCAUCCAACUGGUCUGGCCACCAUUAUAUUCUUGGCAUUCCCAUCGGUCGUUUUCAACAAAUUGCCCUAUAAGCUGCGCGACGAGAUGUCCACCCUCAGAAAUCUCGAUGGCAUGAAGUCAGACUUGAUUCACGAACUACUUACCAUUCGUGAGGAAAUGUUUCACGUGACACACAGACCAUGUUUUUGUUCAGAGGAAAAAGAUCAAACUUGUAAUCCACAUAGUAAUCAUGGUUGUGGAACAAAUAAUACUCAUAGUUGUGGAACAACAAAUAGUAAUAAUAACAAUGACAACAACAACAACAACAAUAAUAAUAGAAAUUAA